AUGGGCCUGCUUACGGUAAUCCGCAAGAAUCGCCGCAAGGAACGCCAGAUGCGGAUUCUGUUCCUGGGACUGGACAACGCUGGAAAGACGACGAUUAUCAAGAAAUUAAACAACGAAGAUGUCUUAUCUGUGAGCCCAACGCUUGGAUUCAAUAUCAAGACGUUUGUCCAUGGAAAAUACACGCUGAACAUCUGGGACGUGGGCGGCCAAAAGACGCUGCGACCGUAUUGGCGCAACUAUUUCGAACAGACAGACGCCCUCGUCUGGGUAGUCGACUCAUCCGACCACAUGCGCAUGAACGACUGCAAAGCCGAGCUGCAUGCGCUACUCCUCGAAGAACGCCUCGCAGGUGCUUCCCUGUUGGUCUUUGCGAACAAACGGGACAUCCAGGGUUCGCUAUCCGAAGCCGACAUCCGUGAUGCACUCGACUUGCGCGCGAUCAAGACGCACAAUUGGAAGAUUCAGUCUUGCAGUGCUAUGACUGGAGAGGGACUCGUAACGGGCAUGGAUUGGGUCGUGAACGAUGUCGCGGGGAGGCUUUACUACAGUACUACCGAGUAG